CAAGUCUAGGUAGGCAGUUCACUAGGUUUUGAAACAGUCCCAAUGUAGACGCGGCAGCGGUCCGGUACAUCUCAACUUUCCACAGUUUCAUGGACCGGAACGUACAACCUCCACACUGGAUUUUGACGUACGUGGACCCUCGCUUUCAUAGUAACUCGUCGUUUUCUGUCCGCGAAAAGGCUUAUGGAUGACCUACGCGAACUUUAUUGCGUGUUUUUGAUUAUUUUGACGGUUAAAGUGGGCUCCAUGGAAACUCUCCGCAGGGUGACACGUGUAUGAGUGCAUGAAUCUCACCCCGCCUGGAUUACUGUGCGAUUGGCGUGGAUACCCGCUGUUGUUUAUUAUUGUUGCGAAUAUAUCGCGUCUCAUCUUUUGAGUGGACGAUAGGCUGCAGUUAGCUUUAGCAUAGCAAAGGCCUUGUCUGCAGUACGGAUUGAGUCCGGACUCUCACACUGCUGCUGUGUUGGCCGCGGACAUACUCACACGCCGUCACCAUUAGGGAAGUCACAAAAGUGUUUUAAUUUCCUAAGGAGUGUAACUUUGACGAGGGAGUUGUUGUCGGAAGUGCUUGGCAUCAUCUGGGAGCUGCCGCUGGAGAUGACGUAACCCUACAGAUGACAGAUGCAACAGCCCGAUGCAGGAACUGAUGCUGCUUCUCAAGCAUCUAAAAAUGACUAUCGGAUAUAGGACGAAUAAAAGCUAAAAACGGAAGCCCAAUGAGCGACUCACGGUCCACAGUCACUGACAGAACCAGUAGCAUUCUCAGCAGAGACCAUCUACCUGACAAGAGGCCUCAAAGCGAUAAGCUGCCCGGUACCCCAACACACGAAUUUGACCCUACAGAUGUGCUGGUGAAGAAGAGUGGAUUUGUAGUGGCUGACGGGAGAACUGAGUCUUUUGGGCUGGUUCAGAGAUGUGUAAUCAUUCAGAAAGAUGAGAAUGGCUUUGGGCUGACAGUCAGUGGGGACAACCCUGUUUUUGUGCAGCUCGUCAAACAGGAUGGCGCUGCCAUGCGUGCAGGUGUCCAGACUGGGGACAGGAUCAUUAAGGUGAACGGGACCUUGGUGACACAUUCUAACCAUGUUGAAGUAGUGAAAUUAAUCAAAUCUGGCUCAUAUGUGGCCCUCACAGUAUUAGGCCGACCUCCCGGGUUGCCCGAGAUCCCCCUUUCUGAGGUAGAUGCAGGCCUCGGGUCACCGGGGGUUCUUGGAGACACCUUUGUUACAUCCCCCAACUCUUCUAAUGUAUCAGAGGGCACCUCUUCUCCUCUUGUACCAUGGGAAGUGAACAGUGCUCAAUACAACCAAAGAAUUGAAAACAGAAGGAUGGUGUCUUGGGAGCAACAGGGCAUACAGGAGGGUCUAUAUGUCAGGAACAGUGAAGAUGGUUUCUGGGUGGAUGAGGAUCAUUGCAAGGGAGACUUCAGCCCGGAAGGUUUCUGGAGUGGAAGUUCAGUGGCAUCUCGGCGAUUCUACCCAGCCUCUCCGAAGAUUCAAAGAGACUCCAACUGUUCCAGUCCAAAGAGCACCCCCAGAGACAGCCUCAACUCCUGCCCCUCUCCUGAGGCUGAGGAUGGCUCUGACCUGAAUUCCCGCAGCCUCUCCUCCCGCCUGAUCAUCCACCCUGAAGAUGAUGACUUCGACAUCAAGCAGGAGCUGGUGAACGGCCAGUGCAGCUGCUUCCAGAGUAUCAAACUGCUCAAGACUCGCCCAGCUCAUCUUGCUGCCUUCCUGCAUCAUGUGAUUUCCCAAUUUGACCCUGCACCUCUGCUCUGCUACCUGUAUGCCGACCUCUACAAGCAGACAAAUUCCAAAGAAACUCGUCGCAUAUUCAUGGACUUUUUAUCUUUCUUCUUAGACCGUGGGGCAAAUUUGAAAGUAGCUGUGCCUGAAUCUAUCUCCUCUGAGCUCGAGCGGCGGAGACCAGAGCUGAUUCCCGAGGAAUUACACAGGCAGUAUGUACAGACAAUGCAGGAAUCUCUCCUCCCUGAUGUACAGAGACACUUGGAGGAUUUCAGGCAGAAGCGCAGUAUGGGCUUGACAGUUGCUGAGGUAGAGCUGUCUCGUCUGGACUCUGAACUCGAUCUGGAGAAAGAGAGAUCAUGUGCAGAAAACAUCCUUUCCAAAAUAGAUGAUAUCCUGUUGACUUCACAACCCACAGAAGAAGAGAAAUGCACCACCAUGCAAUAUGUGAUAAUCAUGUACAUGAAGCAUCUGGGAGUUCGAGUGAAAGAGCAAAGAAGUCUGGAGUCCAAACGAGUGCGAAUUAAUUUUCUUCCUUCAAAACUGAGGAAGAGUAGCAAACAAGAGAAGGAUGGAGAGGAGAAGUUGAAAAAGCCUCGCUUCCCCAUUCGAGUGCCCCCACGGUGGCCGAGUCGCAUCGAAUCAGUACCAGCUGGGAGGGGAGGGGACAAUGUCAAGCAAAGGCCUCAGAAGCAGAUGUCUCAGCCAGCGUUGGGCGGGUCAGAGCCAAUAGAGGGUGGACGUCUGCGGGGCAGUCAGUCAAGUGAGGGUUCAGACCUCUUACAGAGCCCAGGAUUCACUGCCUCACCCACAUACAGCGCCUCCUACAGCUCACCAUCAGAUCCCUCUGGAAGGGACACAGAGUUUUGUAUGAGUCCAUCUACAGUUUUUCCCCGACUGAGUGAUGGGCUGCAGUCUGGAGAUGUGCUGGACAUCAUCUACCCACCCUGUGAUUACAUCCCCUGCAUCAUGGACCAGAUGGAUGAAGACAAAGAUGGAGAAAGAUUCCUUGAUGUGGGCACACCUAAACUGAUUAGAAGGUUUGAGGAGCAUCAGAGUGAAGAUGAUCAGGGGAGUGAUUUGUACUCUGUAGAUCCUCCUAACUGGCAGCAGCUGGUUGGGCGUGAUGUUCUAGCAGGCCUGACACCCCAUGAGAUCAAGAAACAAGAAGUCAUUAACGAACUGUUCUACACGGAACGAGCUCAUGUGCGCAUGCUGAAAGUCCUGGACAGUGUGUUCUACCAAAAACUCACCCGAGACAACAUACUGCCCCCUGCUGACAUCAAAAACAUAUUUACCAACCUGGAGGAAAUUGUUCAACUGCACAUGAGGAUAGCAGAUCAAAUGACUGUGAUCCGCAAGAAGAACGAGUCGUCCGUUAUUGACCAGAUUGGAAAUGAUUUACUGUCUUGGUUCAGUGGCGGAGAAGAGGAGCAGGUCAAGCAAGCGGUGAGCACUUUCUGUAGUAACCAGCCCUUCGCCCUGGAGCUCAUCAAAUCCCGGCAGAAGAAGGACCAGCGUUUCAACACUUUCAUGCAGGAGGCUGAAAGCAAUCGACGGUGUCGCAGACUACAGCUAAAAGACAUCAUCCCUGCAGAGAUGCAGAGGUUCACCAAAUACCCUUUACUGAUGGACAACAUUGCCAAGUACACAGAUGACUCAGAGGAGAAAGACAAAGUAAGCAGAGCAGCUGAGUGCUGUCGAAAGAUUUUAAACCACGUCAACCAAUCCGUGAAGGAGUCCGAGAACAAACAGAGAUUGGAGGACUACCAGAGGCGACUGGACCUUUCUUCUUUAAAGCAGAGCGAGAACCCCAUGAUCUCAGAUUUUAAGAACUUGGAUCUCACUAAACGGAAGAUGGUCCAUGAGGGUCCUUUGUCCUGGAAAGUGAACAAAGACAAAACCAUUGAGCUGUACACGUUACUCCUGGAGGACAUCCUGGUGCUGCUGCAGAAACAGGACGAGCGUCUUAUUCUCAAGUGUCACAGUAAGAACCUCGCAGGAACUGCUGACACCAAACACAUAUUCAGUCCCAUCAUCAAACUUAGCACUGUGCUGGUGCGCUCAGUAGCCACAGACAACAGGUCAUUCUUUGUGAUCUCCAUGUCAGAAAACGGAGCUCAGAUCUAUGAGCUGAUGGCGCAGACAGUGUCUGAGCAAAGAAUGUGGCAGCAGCAGAUCACUCAGAGGGCAGAUGUUAUGAAAGCCACACUCCACAGCGUCAUUCCUUUACCUCAGCCCGACGGGGACAGAGACAGUGUUGCGUCAAGCAAGUUCAGCAAAGGCUCUGAACGGAUCUCCACAGGCAGUAUCCAAUCUGCAGAGAAGGACAGUGAUUUUUCUCCCUCGGCAGCACUACGAGAAUGUGUUCCUGACUCUAAUCCUGGUGGAGAAGAUCAGGUUCAAAGGGUUAGCCGAGAAGGGUCCUAUUUGGACUCGGAGCUCUUGAACAGCAGGGACGCAGACCCUCUCUCCUGUUCACCCAAAUCAGAUGAAGCGCUGAAAACCUUGGCAGCACUGAAGCAGGUGCUGGUGACUCAGCUGAUGGCUCAAGAUGAGGGUGAGCGAUUGGGCCGAUCAGCUGGCAGUCGCCUCCUCAGGACCACCUCUCUUCGAACGCCGGUGGAGCAUAGCUCCACUCGUACCCCUAGCCGAGCUCAGGACUACACCUCUGGAGAUACAGGCUUCUAUGAGUGCCCAGAGGACUACGCUUAUCUGGUUCUGGAGGGGUAUGGUGGCUCAGGGGAGAGCAGUACCGAUGACAAUAUUCAGGUUGGGAGAAAGGAGCCGAGUUUAGCCCACAGCUGUGCUGCUGACUCAGGCAUCAGUCUCAAGUUCUCCUCACCCUCCUCAGGCAGCACAUCACGUAUCAGCAGACAGGUCCUCUCACAUCUCCGCAGCCUGCAGGCCAACCUCAACCACCUCAAGGAUAUGGAAACAAAGUAUUAUAAUCUGCUUCGCCAAAGGUCAGUUGGGUCAUCCACAAAUACCGACGAGAGCAGAGAUAAGAAAUAGUGUGGCAGAAGCUCAUGGCUCCUGUGAUGAUGGGGGCACCACAAUCCUUAACAUGCUCCGCACAAGCCUGUCUUCCUCACUGCUGAACACCUCCACCCAAAAAUGAGAGGAAUAUUCUAACAAGGCCACUUGCUUCUGUCAGCACUCGUCAAUUAGGGAAGACAGACUGUCUACUCUCAGCCUUACCUGUCCUGAGAGCAUGUCCUCAUUUCAGCACACUUGGGCAGCCAAGUCUUCACCUUUCCUAGCAGUAGCCUAGCUAGAGAAAAGAGAACUAUUUACCAAAAUGUACAAAGCUGUGUUUAGGAAAUAUAUAUGUAAUAAACACAAGUAAAGAAAGGAUUUAAACUAAUGUAUUAAGGUUUUUUUUUUUUUUUUUUUUUAUCCCAAAAUGUAUUUAUUUUUCUUUUUAGUGUUUUCCAAGUUUCUUGCAUGCUUCUUGGCUGUUGAAACUCUUAAGCUGUCUGUCGCUGUAGGCUUCAGUAUGACUGAACGGGCAAGUGCUUCGGUAUUCAGACUCCCAAUUCUCCCUCACAGUUUUGUGUGGUAAAUGAUGAGAAGUUUUCUCCCGGUUCAUUCAGCCAGCUGACAUUCCUCUCAAAGCCCCGGACUGAUUCAUUUGCCCCCGAGACCCUCCUGCAGAGAUGAAGGGUGUAUGGAGCUGAGGCUCUCCUAGUCUACAGCUAAAUUUGAUGACUGCGAAAACUGAAGAAUUUAUAACCAUCAAGAUGGAAAGUGAUGCAAAACCUGGAAAUAAAGAUGCAAUGACAACCUCUGUACUGAUCAGUUUUUUCCAUGUAUGGACAGAGGAGACAUGCAUUGAGUAGAGGGGCAGAAAAGUAUAUGACCUCCAAUUGCAAUCCUAUUUGUAGUUUGUCAGUCGAAAAAUUACAAUAUUGUGGUGUAAAUACAAUCGUUCCGACAUGACUUUUAAGGCAACAUUGAACAGGAGCUAUACUUCUGUCAGUUUUCGACAGUUUUAUUGUUAAUGUCGCUUUUUUUAUAUCUAUAUUCAGUUUAUCUAUAUUCAGUUCUAAUGAAAUAACUGUAAACUGUGAUAAAAUCACCAAGACAACAUACAUCGAGUUAAAGAAUGUUUUUGUUUGUUUUUGUUUUUGCUUGGGUCACCCAGAAUUGCAUAACAUUGAUGACCAAGAAUUCACAAGAUAUUCCUGUCGAUAAUACUGUAGCAGGCCAGUAGAAGGCAGAUUGUGACUGUUUUGUAUCUGGAUACUUGCUAUGUAUGCCCAUAGGGUUGCAAUGACAUCAGUGUUGUUAGGUAAAACUGUCUUUUACUGUAGCUUCAGUUAGCCAUGCAGAUAUAGCAUACUAAGUGUUUAAAAUCAAGAAAGCUCAGUCCUCCUCAGGCGUUGCCUGACUCAUUACUGGGACAC